UUUUAUUAUUUAUCUUUGAGUAGGUUAUUAUGUUUGUAUAAUAAGUUAUGUUUAUAUAUAUAUGAUAACUUUUAGUACAAAAAUGCAGUCCUGUAGAAAACAUGCCAAGAGUUGUUAUUCUUGCGGUUGACACAUAAUAUUAAAGGGGAAGACAUUUAGAGUUUGUUUGAUUGAGAUUAAAUAGUAAGGAAAGAAGAAUUUUUUUAAAAUAUUUUUGUGUGAGUCUUACACUUUGAUUUUUCUAUUUUAAUUUAAAUAUUUUUUUCUCUUCUCUUUUUUUCUUUUUUCUCCAACCAAACAACCUCUUAUAAAUGCUUGAUAAGGCUAUAGAAUCAAAUCGUAUACUUUAAAGCCCGCAAGCUGCAAAUUUCAGUGUUAUCAUGAAACUGAAAUUUUAUUACCAGACCUAAUUAAGCAACCUAGUUCGUAGGUUAUUUAUAAAAAUAGCAACUGAAAGUUGCUUUUGGUUAAGCUUUUCUGAAAUAGCAUAUUUUGCAAUAACAUCACCAGCGAGGGACCACAAAGAUUAUCUCCGAGUAAAGACAAAGGAACAGUACUGAACACACGGUAGAAUCAUAGAAUGUGAUAUUUUUGUAAUUAAUUGAGCUCUUUAGGUAUGGGCUUUUAGACGGGGUUUUCUUCUGUAUAUUAGACUUCCAUGUGAGAGAGAAAAAACAGGAAAAAACAUGAGAGACAAAAGUGAGAGAAGACUUUAAAGAGUUAAAUGAGUUCAUUACCUUGAUAUUGAUAAGAUCAUUUAGAACUCUUGUCAUCUUUUCUUUCUCUUUGAUUCUUUGUCAUUGAUUGACAUGUGGAUCUAAUCAUAUUGGUGGCUCUUUUUUUCUUUAUUUUUUUGUAUUAAUUUAAAAAUGAAUAAAUAAUCAAAUUGCUUUAAUAUUUAUCCAUGAUAAUAUGUUAUUAAUUAUUUUUAUUGGAUUAACAUUCUUUCGUAUGGACAAAAAAAUUUUAAAACUGUAAAAUGUAAAAAUAAAUAAAUAUUAAUAGAAUGUUCUCAUGCAGUCAAUGCAUUAUCCUUACUCACUAGAGUGCUAUAUAUAUAUGUGUGUGAUAUAUCUGUGUGUAUUCUGGCAUUUCAAUUUCUUGACCAAAUUUCAUUGGAUGGCUGCCAAGAAGUACUUCGUCACAGUCUUCAAACCGGAGGAACACUCCGAAAGCAUGCUUAUCCCAGAUGCUUUUGUGAAAUCUACACGCUUACAAGGAUGGAGGAUCCCUGAGGAUGUCAUCCUCACAAAUGUUGGUAGGAGAGUUUGGAAUGUGAAAACACGUCUUGUUGGAAACAAAAUUUACUUUGAAGAGGGUUGGAAGGUUUUUCAAGAAGAAAACUUUUUAGGAAAAGAAGAUUAUCUUGUUUUUAAGUAUGAUGGGGCCAACAUUUUCAAGGUUGUAAUUCUUGAACAAUCAUCACGGUGUGAAAGGACAGAAGCUGAAGAAGAGGAUGAGGUGAUAGAGAUUACAGAUGAUGAAGAACAUGAAGAAGCUGAGGAUGAUGAGGAUGAAGGUGAUGAUGAUGAUCAGUAUAGAGAAAUGGAAGAAGAACAUAGUGCUGAAUACAUGAGGAGUCAAAGUCAUCCUCGUAGAGCUUCCAAAAGGUUGAGUGCAACAAGUUGCAGUCCUGCGGUUGAAGGUCCUCAUCUUGAAGACUAUGAAUUUGAUCCGCAAAUGUAUAUUCAGCCGGGAAAUCCAAAUUUUGAAGCAAAGCUCUUCAAAAAUAGACCCAACGAAUUGCAUGUUCCAAAAAAUGUGAUUAAGGACUCGUCCCUUACUUUUGGAGAACAGAUUACCCUUUCACGUUGCCAAUGCUUCCAAUUCGAGGAUACUCAAAGAGAUGAAUUACGAGACUAUCAUGGCUUGCCACAAUGGACACCCAUAUAUUCGGAAGUAGCAAAAGUGUCUGAGUGGCGUGAUGGUCGAGUAUGUAUCAAAGGGUGGACAAGUUUUUGUAAAAAGAACAAGAUAAAUAAAAAUGAUGCAUGCAUCUGUGAAAUUAUAUCAGGAGAAGAUCGAAUAAUAAGAACAAUUCAGGUGCAUGUGCUUGGUGCUAGAAACGGAUGAGCAUACUAAGCAAUCUAUUACUAUCAGUGAAUUGGACUUUGUACUUGCUUAUUGUGAAUAUUUUUAUGAACUAAUGUUUAUAAUUUUCUCA